AUGUUCUCCCUCAUCUCUCGUCGCACCGUCUCGCGUUCAGCCGUCAUGUGAGUUUCGCUACAGUGUGUGGUGCUCGGCUCGUGCCCCCACAUCGUUACGUCACCCGUCAGCGCUCCUCGGUUUCGCGCGAGCCGAGAUCGGGAUCGCGGGUGGUACCCAGUCCGGAGCUCACUGCUCGCCAUCGAGUUACAGGUCAUGACCAGCGGUACAUUGAUCUAGACCAACUGACCACAUGGACCUUGUCCUUCCCGUCUCAGUGCGCCUCGCAUGUCGUUCAGCACGACCCCGAUGUCGUUCGAUCCCGCAUCACAGCACCGCGCAGGCAAGCCUCCGGGCCUCGAUCAUCUCGAGAACCCUUCGCAUUCGGAAGAGGUCAUUCAUGCUGAGAGGGUGGGCAAGGACCCCUUGGGAAAAGACACGACCGGUGGGAGUGCUUCCGAGGCUUGGGACAAGGUCAAGCAGGUUGCCGAGGACGUCAAGGACAAGGUCAUCGGGAAGAAGUAA